UCCGUGUGUUGACAGUGUAUCUUGUGAUCACUUCGGCUGGUGGACUCGCUUGUUUCGGAGGUUACCGCAUUUAGUCGCAAGAAAGCUUGACAUCUCACACCGACAUCAUGGCAUACGCUGGAGGAACUGUUGUGAACCCGACCAUUCCAUACGCCUGCCCCAUCCCAGGUGGACUUCCGGAUGGCAAGAUGAUAAUAGUAAAGGGCAUCUGUGAUCAUCACCAGGACGCAUUCUCCAUCAACCUGAGUGCGAACCCCCAGAUGAGCCCCUUGCGUGACACUGUCCUCCACUUUAACGUGAGAUUCAACGAGAACGCCAUCGUCCGGAACUGCCAGCAGGGCGUUGCCUGGGGACUUGAGGAGCGGGGACGGGGGAUGCCACUCCGGAAGGGGACCCCAUUUGAAAUCAUCAUUCUGGCGCAUCGUACACACUACAAGAUUUCCGUCGACGGCCGCCACUUUGCCAACUUCCGCCAUCGCUUCCCCAAGGAGAGUGCUCAGUACCUGGUCAUCAUCGGCGAGAUCAACGUCAGCUACGUCAAGUUUGAGGGCGGUGCAACCCCUUCGAGUCCAGCAAAUUCAGAUGCUCAACCCAUGUACAACCCGCCUGUGCCUUUCACAACCAGUAUUCCCGGUGGUAUCUACCCUGGCCGCAUACUGAACAUCAGUGGAAUCCCCAACCCUGAUCCGACCCGAUUCACAGUAAACCUGAUGUGUGGUCAGAGUAGGCAAGCGGACAUUGGCUUGCACCUUGAUGUCAGAUUCAACCAUCUCGGCGAUUGCAACCAGACCGUCAGGAACCACAGAGUCAGCAAUGCUUGGGGAACUGAGGAGACACACCAGAACUACUUCCCCUUCGUGCCCAAAGCCGAAUUCAACAUGACCAUCCUCAUUGAACAAGCCGAAAUCAAGGUUGCCGUCAACAACCAACACUUCUUUGAGUUCAAUCACAGGAUCCAGCCACUUAGCAGAGUUGACUUCCUGAACGUCGAGGGUGACGUCCUUCUGACAUCCGUCAAGAUUCAGUAGGUCAGCUGACCACGAGACGCGGGGACUCCAGAGGACUGGACGCUGUCCCAGCGUUCACGAAAAGCGUCGAACCCUCGGACAAAAUUGCAGACGGUGCGAUGGAAG